UCCAGCAAACGCGAUACGCACUGGGUUUAUUUAGACACAGAGAGGCUCAUUGCGGUCACACAUUGUUGUCAACUCGGGAAAAAGAAGAAGAAGGGGGUUCUUUCCACACAGACAUUGCUGCCAUUUACGACUAUUCAUCCAAAGGUUCCCGUUUGUCCCAGAGAUGAACUUUGAGCAGCCCCCUCCGUAUCCGGGCAACGGCCCCACCGCCCCCGGCUACCCGGCCCAAGGCCCGCCUCCGCAGGGCUACCCGGCUCAGGGUUACCCCCCGCAGGGGUACCCCCCCGUGAACAUGGAGCAGGGCUACCCCGUGAACAUGGAGCAGCCGAACGCUUCGUACCCCAGCUACCCCGCGGGGCAGAUGGGCCCGGGGGGUCCUUACCAGGGCCAGGGGCAGCCGCCGUACGGUUACCCCGGGCAACCGCAACAGCAGUUCGGCUGGCAGGGCGGGCCCCCUCCUGGGCCCAUGUACGGGGAGGCCCCCAAAAACACAGUGUACGUGGUGGAGGACAGGAGAAGGGACGACUCAGGAGACACCUGCCUGACCGCCUGCUGGACGGCUCUGUGUUGCUGCUGCCUCUGGGACAUGCUGACAUAACUACCCCCCCAUUACCCCCCCCCUCUCAUUGACCUUAGAUGACCUUGAACUCCUUUAAAAGAAGAAAAAAAGACCUCCCCUCCGUCUCUUCUGCCCGUCUCUAAAUGAAAAGCCUUGAUUCUCAUAACGUGGAAGUCUCCGUCCGGCGCCACUCGCUCCACCUCGAUGAGAAGCCCUCCGCACUGACCGGCCGACCCCGUCCACGGGCUAGCAUGUACCUCUCUGCUAAACACAACCUAUACUCGCACACACACACACACACACACACAGUAACACGCGUCUGGUAUAUACUUUGAUCUCAGGCUCAUCGAGUGUGAGGCUCUCUUGGCACUUUAUGACGAUUACCUCUGUAAGAUACGACUCCCGCCCGCCUGUCGAUCACCUGCAGCCCUCCCGUCAGCUUCGCCGAUCGGCUACCCCCUUUUACCCUGGCUCCUCCCCCCGAAUGGCACCAAGCCCCUCCCCCGUCCUCCCCCCGGCUGUUGAUGAGCCACAGGGCGCUCUGAAGAAGCUAACUCGUGACAUGUUUCCCUUUUCAUUUGCACAGAAGCCGUUUUUCGUUGUUGUUUUGCUGACGUACGUCUUCAGGUGGAAUCACGCGAACGUGUUUUUAAAGACGACAGCGAUCGGUGUUUGAGUUACCGUUAAUGUCGUCGAUGGGCCACGUUUUUUUUUCCGUUUUUUUCACGAUCUUAAUAUGAAAAAAAGAUAUUCCAACAUAAUUUUUUAUUACAUACCUUGAAAAAAAAACUGAAAAUGUCCACACAAAAAAUAAAUAAAGUGAUUGCUUAACAGAACAAACCAAACGACCUGUCGGAUGCCUUUUCUGUGCUUUUAUUUCGCUUUGGAUGAUACAUUUGCAUUAAAAUAAUUUAUUCCCGUAAA